UAAUUCGCACUUAGGCGAAAUCUUGUCGUUGUCCGUAUAAGGUAGAGUGAGCGAAAAUGAGUAUCCCUCAAUUUUCUAACAAUUUUAAAGAGGAUUUCCAUGUGAAAGCAAACAAUCAUCGAAUUCUCUUUAAACAAAGUCAUUGUGGAGUAUAAAUGCCAAUGCGAGGAAAAUUUCAAUAACUAUCGAUAACGCGGAAAGCUUAACGAUUCUAUCGAUAGUCGGUAACUAUCGAUACUAUCGAUAAUUAUCGAUAGGUUUCCCAUCCCUAAUCAUCACAACAACGCGAUGGAAUCCAACGAGCAACAUUGCAAUUUUUGUGGCCAAAUUAAAAAGGAACAAAACAUUAUUAAUUCAGUGGAUGGUUUCUCGGAACAGUUGUCGACGCUUCGCGUUGAAGAGGUUAUUAUAAAACACUUUUGGUUCAAGGAAGAAGAUACAAAAAAUCUUCGAAUUUGCGAGGAGUGUUGGAAUAAACUGCUGGCAUUUCACCUAUUUUACUGCCAAGUUGAGCAAUUGUUCAAACCUCAGGAACUUAAGAUAAAAACUGAAAACAGACCAAUAUCACCAGAGCCGGAAUAUCAUGAUUUUUUGGUGGAAUUCGAUAGUAUUGACAUCAAGCGAGAGGAAGAGUUGCAGAUCACGGAUAGUGCGCUCGCGAUUGACGACAAAACCGAAGACAGCAACGCUGAUUCGAAAAACACUAAUGAAGAAAGCGAGGAGAGCUCGACAGUAACGAUUUCCAACGACGACAUUCUUCUGCACUGUCGGAUGAUAUGCGAAGUAUGCUCAGAGGAAUUCGAAUCCUUCGGUUUACUUAAACGGCACUACAGCAGAGCACACAAUCAGAAUGGAUACGUGAGGUGCUGUAAUUCACGCUUCUCCUAUUUAAACCGCCUUAAGGAGCACCUAAGAGUUCACGUUAAUCCUGAAUCCUUUCAGUGCAGUGAUUGCACAAAAAAUUUCAAAUCUAAGCGAAGUCUUCGCGAACACAGAUUAUUAAUGCACAUUCCAGAAGAACAGAAAUUGUUUCAGUGUGCACUGUGUUCCAAAAAGUACGCAAAGCAACACCAGCUUAACCAGCAUCUUGUUAAUCAUAAGUUGAAAGACCAAUCGCAGGUCGUAUUCACGUGUCAUCAAUGCCAGAAACCGUUUCGCUCGCAAGGAUAUCUUCGUAACCAUGUCCGGAGCGUUCACGUUAAUACCAGCGACAAAUUUCUGUGCGAUAUUUGUUCCAAAACUUUUAAAACCGCAGGGGCUCUGAAAGUGCACCUAUCGGAACACAGGGAUACCGAAAGAGCUCAGUGCACACUUUGCGGUAAAUACAUGAAAAAUACGAAUACACUGCGAAAACACCUGGCGCUACAUCGGGAGGAAACUAUUGAGUGCCAAAUAUGUGGGAAAAAAUCACCCAAUUCGCAUGCCCUGCGAAAGCACAUACAAGAUCAGCACACAAAAACGAGAUCCCACCAGUGUACGAUGUGUGAGAAAGCUUUCAAACGGGCGAUUGUAUUGAAGGAACACAUGGCUACUCAUACUGGACAACUUUUGUACUCAUGCGUGCACUGUGGAAAAGAAUUUAAAUCAUCAGCUAAUUUAUGUUCUCAUCGGAAGAAAAAGCACCCAGAAGAGUGGAGCGAAUAUCAAAAACAGAAAAAUAUCGAUGGAGUGAAAACUUACAGUAUUGUAAAUGGGUAAAUGAAUGUAACAAAAAUCUUAUAAUAAAGACGAUUCAGAAAUAUUUCGAUGAAAUAUUUCAUUUGAAA